AAAAAGAUAUAAAACCGUGGGGAGAAGUAGAAAUAAAAACAAUAAAACAAUUAACAAAACAAGAAAAAACGAAAAGCAUGCAAUUGUUUUUCGUUUUUUGUUGAAACAAAAAACAAACUUAACUUCACCAAAAAAACUACAGAAAAAAAAAGAUUCAGUUUCCUUUUCUUUGUCUCCACUUCUUAUAUAAGAGUUGGGCAUUUUUAUUACAAACAUAACUUUUGAAAUCAUGGCUAAUUAUAAAGGAAGAGGAAAUGUUAUGAUACGGAGCAUGUUAUUGGGUCUCUAUGGCAUCAUAAACAUUGUGUGUGUCAAUGGUACUUUCAUAAACUACAAAGAUGCUUUAACCAAAUCCCUCAUCUUCUUGGAGGCUCAAAGAUCAGGCAAACUCCCUCCUAAUAAUAGGGUUCCAUGGAGAGGUGACUCUGCUCUCGACGAUGGCAAACUCGUAAAUGUGGACUUGUCUGGAGGGUACUAUGACGCAGGAGACAAUGUGAAGUAUGGUCUUCCAAUGGCGUUCACGAUCACAACGCUUGCUUGGUCCACAAUUACCUACGAGAAAGAACUUCGAGCCACGGGAGAGCUCGAAAACGCUCGUGCUGCUAUCCGUUGGGGUACGGAUUAUUUCCUCAAAUGUGCUUCUCGCAAGAACCGCCUCUAUGUUCAGGUUGGUGAUCCAAACGCGGACCACCAGUGCUGGGCGAGACCUGAGAACAUGAAGACACCAAGGACGGUGUUGGAGAUAAGCGAUAAAGUUCCAGGAACCGAGAUCGCGGCGGAAGCCGCUGCUGCAUUCGCCGCUUCCUCCAUCGUUUUCCGCCAUGUCGACCACAAAUAUGCACGCCGGCUUCUCAACAAAGCCAAAUUGCUUUUCAAGCUAGCCAAAAGCCACAAGGGUACAUACGAUGGAGAAUGCCCCUUCUAUUGUUCUAACUCCGGUUACAAUGACGAGUUGAUAUGGGCGGCAACAUGGCUAUACAAGGCGACAAGGAAUCAUCUAUACCUUAGCUACCUCAAAUUCGAAGCCAUAAGCGCUUACGUUGCCGAAUUCAGCUGGGAUCUCAAGUACGCUGGUGCGCAGAUCCUCAUCACCAAGUUGAUCUUCGAAGGCCACAAAGGACUUGAUCUAUACAAACAACAAGCCGAUAGUUUUGUAUGCUCUAACCUCCCUGGCAGUCCUUACCACCAAGUCUUCACUACCCCAGGUGGUAUGAUUCACUUGAGGGAUGGUGCCAACAGUCAAUAUGUCACCGCCACCGCCUUCUUGUUCUCGGCCUACGCUGAUAUACUACAGAAACACAACCAAAAGAUCUCUUGCGGUAGCCACCAAUUCGAUUCAACACACCUCAUGGCUUUCGCUAAAAAACAGAUUGACUACAUACUAGGGCAUAACCCACAAGGAAGAUCGUACAUGGUUGGGUUCGGACCAAACCCACCAAAGCAAGCCCAUCACAGAGGAGCCUCAGUGCCCAUGCAUGAAGCCAACGCGCCGCUAAGCUGCCCAUUGAGCUUCGUGAAAUGGUACAACAAGAACGUACCUAACGCUAACGAGCUCACCGGAGCCAUUUUGGGAGGACCUGACCGUCAAGACAAAUUCCAGGAUCUCCGAUGGACCUCCGUGUACACAGAGCCUUGUACUUACAUCAACUCUAUCGCCGUUGGUGUUCUCGCUAAGCUCGCUGCGGCUUAGAGCCUUUUGUACCACAUUCGAGACUACUUUGAUGAAAAGUAUUCUUCUAGGGUUUCCCUUACCUACUAUAAUUGCAUACACCUUUGUGGCAAUGCAAUGUAAUUCUAUUUUUCAUUUUUUUUUGCCUUUGUAGGUAGCUUUUUGGAAUCAUGUUUUCUCCAAAAUAUAAAAUUGCAUGGGCAUAAUAAUAAGCUCUAGUGAUUUGAAACAAUAAUUAAGCGAAAUUAAUGAAUAGCCGGAAUGAUAAUUCUCAUUCCGUUUCACGUAGAUUGUUGUUUUAAACUCUAUCUUUUGUUUCAUGUAGAAUGAUGUGUUUUUGUUGAUUUCCGCGUAAUUUGCAUAACAUUUUCUAAUCUAUUUUUCAUUUCAAAUAAUUGUUUUCAGUUCUAAUAUGUGUCUUUAAAAACACUAUAAUAAUUGUUGUCAAAGGAAAAAACAAUAUUUUACGACGAAGUGAGAGUGACUAAUGAAGGAAAGAAUAUAAUCAGGUCUUAGAAGAAUCUUGCGAGCAGAAACUUGCUCAGAAUAUUUAGAAUAUAUAUAGCACAUAU